CUGUCCACGGGAAGAUGGAAACGUGAGAGAGAGGGGAGGGGGGUGGUGGCCAAAGGCUCGCUCUGGCGACAUGUGACGUCUUUCGCUGGGCCCAAUGAGUGACGCGCUUUCAGACCCCACCCCCCCUCCCCCCAUCCCGCGCAGCAGGUGUUUGAGGCUUUAAUCGGGUUCCCUUCAUCCUCAGCCGCUCGCUCGUCUCGCUCGGCCGACCCCAUCCGGGACAUCCGGGACAUGGGCCUGCUCAGCUUCCUGUCUGCGGCCAAAGAACGAGCCGAGAAGUUCCUCAACGAGAAGAACAUCGUCACCGACUUCCUGGGCAAGGUGGAGGAGAAGACGGGAGUCAAGAAGAAGAUCCUCGCCGCCGGUGCCGUCUCGGUGACGGGACUCUACCUGGUCUACGGUUACGGCGCCUCCCUGCUCUGCAACCUGAUCGGUUUCGUCUACCCGGCGUACUACUCAGUCAAAGCCAUCGAGAGUCCCAGCAAAGACGACGACACAAAAUGGCUGACCUACUGGGUGGUCUACGGAGUCUUCAGUCUGGGGGAGUUCUUCUCGGACAUUUUCCUCUACUGGUUCCCCUUCUACUAUGCCUUUAAGUGUUUGUUCCUGUUGUGGUGCAUGGCCCCCGUGGCCUGGAACGGAUCCCGGGUCCUCUACGACCGGGUGGUCCGCCCCGUUUUCCUCCGUCACGAAGCCGCCGUGGACAACAUGGUCAGCGACCUCAGCGGCAAGGCCAUGAGCGCGGCCGAGAACCUCACCAGGGAAGUUUUGUCCACCCUGGUGAAAAACAAAGCCUUGGUGUCCCCCGAAGCCAAAGGUUUGCCCAGUGCGACCGGAGAUAGCGUUGAGAGAAGAAAAACGGUGGCUCGUCCGCGCGAACAGGAAGAGGUGCGUACCGCCCAAAGUCAGAGCCUUCAAAAACCGCAAGCGACGACGCCGAGCUCCUUGAAAUGAUAUCGUCCACUCCCCUUUCAGCCUUUCCUGGGUUGACGAGCAGGUAAGCCGGCAGUUAGCGCACUAGCUAGCGUGCAGCUCCGCUUCCUGCCCCCACCUCGCCUCAACCACCCUUUCGCGAUACCGCGUCCCACCCCGUCGCCGUCCGAGCCGCGCCCGUGGCCUUGCCGCGCCCCUUUCAUGACGCGGCGCCCGGGGACUUUUAGCAGCGGUCAUUGGCAAUUUCCCGUUAGUAAGGCAUUCUUUCCCGGCGGAGUGUUAGCAUGCCGACCGUUCGGAUUUGAGCGAUUCUCUCUCCAAAUGGUACACCUGGGCACCGUUGAAUCCCUGCUGAGCUGCCUCUUUUGUUUUGGUUUUUUUACCCCGAUAGCAGGCUUGACCCGUGGGCUCUUUUUCAAAGUUCACGCUUCAUCGUCCAAAACGGAUGCGCACGCUUGGCGUCGCCGCUGACACGGUUGCGGUUGGUAGCGAAACGGUGCGGGGACCUACUGUGGACAAAACGGGCCUCGCAAGUGUAGCUAAGCAAACUACUUUCACUUGUUCUCGGCUCCCCCAAAAUCCGACCCGUCCCGCGUUAUGCUAGCAUCCCGACUCUUAGCCUGUUAGCAUUUGGGCAGCAAUUGAAACGGUAACAUUGGAACGUGU